AUGUGCUGGUGCCCUUUCGGCAAUGCAGAUGGUUGCAGUGAUCCUAGCCAUUUCGUGUCCGAGGCUGGUUUGCUAACGAUCCGUGGGCCACUGACCCUGGGCUUCAAUGCAACUUGCGUCGCCAACCAGCAGCCCAGUUGCGUAGUCGGGCCGAUCGAGGAUGGUUUCGGCUUGAGCUACGGCAGCGACCGGGUAAUCCUGGUGAGCUCCGACGGCAUCUGCGGGGCUUCGGAAGCAGAUCCGGCUGUUGCCGGUGGGGCGGCUGGAAAGCAGGUCGGCGUGGACAAGUUUCUUCAGUUCUCGCCGGAGGAGCUUCCUUAUGGCGGGUCGUGGAAACUGUGCUACUGCGCCGGUUUCGACUCCCCACUGGAUCAAGAAGCACAAAACUGCGUCUCUGAAGCGGACUUCACCGCGACGGCUGGGUUCUUGACCGUCGCUGGCGCCUUUCCGGGACAGGUCAUCAACUGCACGCGGAACGAGGCCUGUGAGUUCAACCUGCCAGGUUACAGCCUCAAUGCCGGAGUGCACAAGAUCGCCAUCCGUGACGAGAGCAGUGGAAGUUGCGGCGACUUCCUGACCAUCGACACAGCCACACGGCGCCGUCGUGAUGUUGCAGCAAAUCCGUACACUCCAACGGGAGUGACGCAAGAUGGGGAGCUGGCCUUCGCAAUUGAGCCUAUUCAGGCUUUGGAUGCCUUCGUUGUUUGCUUCUGCGCUCCAUCACCUGGUGGAGGGCUCUGCAGCACAAGCAGCCUCUCGACGUACCAUCAGACUAUCGGCGUUUUAGACGUCCGGGGUGCAACGCCGAACCAACAGUUCAGCUGUGGAAGGGGUGGCCGCUGCACCCUCGAAAUCACCGGCCGCGGUCUAGGCGUUUCCGAUCGCGUGAAGAUCGUGAACUCCACUACGCUCUGCUCAGGGGAGCCGCAAGAGACGGGGCAACGUCGGCAACGUCGGCAGGUUCUUCAAGUCCUUGCUCCUCGCUGA